AUGUCAAAGGGAAUAAGAAACAUAAGUUCUUGGAUGGAGGUUGCUCCUUUACCUAUUAUUUUUCCAUCAAAACCUUCAAAUUAUCCCACUUUGGCGACAAUCAAAGAAGUUGCUGAGGAAUACGAUGAUAUACAAUCAACCAUAAAUAAUGAAUCUAUGAAGUAA